UUCCCAACAUUCCCACAACUGAGCAACAGACCUGAGUCCUUUGACAAGCUUCUUUUCUCUAAGUGCCAGGUCUAUCCACAACACCAAGCCAUGUUUUCCCAGCAGCAGAAGCAGCCCUGUACUCUACCUCCCCAGCAGCAAUGUGCCUCCCAAACCAAGGAGCCUUGCCACCCCAAGAUCCCAGUGCCUUGCCAUCCCCAAGUGCCACAGCCUUGCCAUCUCAAGGUACCACAGCCUUGCCAUCCCCAGAUGCCAGCACCUUGCCAUCCUCAGGUGUCAAAGCCUUGUAUACCCACUGUUACUCCACCUGCUCAACAGAAAUGCCCACAGGUCCCCAAGACCAACCAGAUGUAAGACGGAUCAG